GUGUUUGCAUGAACUGUGUAGGCAGACUAAGCUCCUCUCCUCAGCUAGAUGGCUGAGGUCCAUCCCAACACCAGUUCCCAGGUGCAAGGAAAGGUGGAGGAGCUUCGGGAACACGUAUGUCUAUGAAUGCAAAGUCUCAGGAUUGUCAAUUUUAAUUCUGUUCUGUACACUGAGUAGUAGAUCAUGGGAAUUUGGCACAUGCUUCAGAUCCCACUGUACAGUGAGACUUAGGGACGACCCAGCAGCACAUUUGAAGUCACCAGUGAGACUGUUCUGUUUCUUUGUGGAAGUAUUCAAGUCUCUAGUAUCAGAAAAACAGAUAUGUGAGUGUGGACAGAAGGAAUAGUCAUGCAGGACAUGUUUAGAGUUCUCAACAUCAUAUGAACUUGUGAAUUGAGUCUAGGCCCCAGGUGCUGUCCAUCUUACCCUUUCUCCUGAACACAUGGAUCUUGUAGGAGUCGGUGACCUUUGAGGAUGUGGCUGUGAACUUCACCCUGGAGGAGUGGAGUUUGCUGAAUCCUUCCCAGGAGAAUCUGUAUAGAUCUGUGAUGCGGGAAACCAUCAGGAACCUGCAUGCUGUAGGACAAAAAUGGAGAGACCAGAACUUUGAAAAGGAGGACCAAAAUCUUGGAAAAUAUCUAAGAAGUCAAGCAGUAGAGAGGCUCUGUGAACAUGAAGAAGGCUGUCAGUGGGGAGAAACCUUCAGCCAGACUCAUGAGAUUGUGAACAAGAAAACUCCUGGAGCAGUACCAUGUGAAAGCCGUGUGUGUGGAGAAGUCCUCGAUGGUCACUCUCCUGGAAAUGUGCCCUGCAGGGAUCAUAGUAUACACAAACCAUAUGAGUACCCAGGAUGUGGAGAGAAGCCACGUAUACGUAAGGAACAUGGGGAAACUUUCCGUUCUCCCAAAUUCCUUAAUAAGCACGAAAGGACUCACAUUGGAGAGAAACCCUAUGAAUGUAAGCAAUGUGAUAAAACCUUCAGAUAUCUCAGUUCUCUUCAAAAUCAUAAAAGGAUUCACACUAGAAACAAACGCCAUGAAUGUAAACAAUGCGGGAAAACCUUCAGGAGACACAGUAACGUUCAAGUCCAUGAAAGAAGUCACACUGGAGAGAAACCUUAUGUUUGUAAACUGUGUGAGAAAGCCUUCACUUCUUAUACUUCCCUUCGAACACAUGAAAGAAGUCACACAGGAGAGAAACCAUAUUUAUGUAAGCUUUGUGGCAAAGCCUUUACUCAAUCCAGUUAUCUUCAAAUACAUAUAAGAAGUCACACUGGAGAAAAACCCUAUGUAUGCACUCAGUGUGGGAAAGCCUUUCCUGAUUCCAGUCACCUCCAAAUACAUAGAAGAAGUCACACAGGAGAGAAACCAUAUUCAUGUAAGCAGUGUGGCAAAGCCUUCACUCAGUCUAGUUACCUUCGUAUACAUAAAAGAAUUCAUACUGGAGAAAAACCCUACACAUGUAAGCAAUGCGGGAAAGCCUUCACUCGUUCAAGUCACCUUCAAAUACAUAAAAGAACUCACACUGGAGAAAAACCCUAUUUAUGUAAGCAAUGUGGCAAAGCCUUCACUCAUUCCAGUUACCUUCAGAUACAUAAAAGAAUUCACACUGGAGAGAAGCCUUAUGUGUGUCAGCAGUGUGGGAAAGCCUUUGCUCGCUCCAGUUCCCUUCACAUACAUGAGAGAACUCACAAAGGAGAGAAGCCUUAUGUAUGUAAGCAGUGUGGGAAAGCCUUCACAUGGUCCAGUUCCCUUCAAAGACAUGAAGUAGUUCACACAGGAGAAAAACCCCAUGUGUGUAAGCAAUGUGGGAAAGCCUUUAGUCGUUACAGCAGCAUUCACAAACAUGAAAAGACUCACACUGAAAAGAAACCCUGUUAAUGCGUUGAAUGUCAGGACACUGUCAGGUGUCCCAAUUACUUUUGAGUCCAUGAAACAACUCACACUGGAGAUAAAUCCUGCCUGUGUAAGCAAUGUAAGAAGCCUUUGUUGAAUCCACUUCCCUUUGAUAUCAUAAGGGAUUCUCAGUGGACAGAACACUUUGGAUGUAGUUUGGGAAAGUCCUCGAUCAUGCCAGUUCCUUUCACACAUGCAAGACUCACACUGGAGAGAAACUCUUAAGUAUAGAAUGCAAGAAGGAUUCAUUAUUAUGUGACCUUCUUAGCACUGUAAUAUUCACAGUAUAAAGCACCUAGGAAUAUCUUGGGUCAUCUAAGUUCAAUUCACAGAUACAAAACACACAGUAUGAAAAGAAACCUCUUAACAGUGUGUAAGUCUACACUUUGCCCAUUUGGAAGAAGAAUGCACACCAUGUCAGAAUAAUGUGAAUGUGAAAAACACUCCCCAAGUUGUCAGUUUUUUGUGUAUGGUAGUAUGUGCCUGUUACUCCAGAACUUGGGAGUCUCAAGCAGGAGGAUCUCAAAUUUGAGACCCUGUUUCCUGGCCUCAUCCUACAAUGGCUACAUUGUAACACCCUGAAAGGAGAGAAAAAUAGUUUCAAUUUUAAUAGAUAAUUUUGUUCAUGACUAUUCCUUUCUUUGUGAAAUCCUACGAGCCAGAUUAAUUUGAGGAAACAAAGCAAUUUGUGUAAUUUGUGCAAAAUGCUCCAGAAAAUACCUGACCUCAAGGAAAUAUUCUAAGAGGGUUUGUACUAGUGACUCAUUUUUAAACUACACAUCUUUACGGUAUGUUUGUCUAACUCACACUCUUGAAAUGUGAUGACAUAAUUCUGUAAGUACCAUAUAGGCAGCAGAAUGUAGGUUUAUGGGUACUGUUUAUUUUACUCCCAGCAGGUAAUAAAAUUUUCUUUAUCCUACUGGCCUUGGGUGACAGGUUCUAAAUAUUUAUUAUGUUUUAUUGAUGUUCUAUCUUUUUUUUUCAUGGACCAAAUGACAUUUUGGGGGAUGAUGGUUUAGGUCAGUAGUCGAGCUCUUGCCUAAAAUGCAUGGGGCCCUGCAUUUGAACCCUGGCACUGAAAAUGAAAAAAAAAUGCAUUUUAUAUUUGAUUUUGGAUGCAGAGUUAUUGGGGUUUAAACUCAGGGCCU